GGUUAAAUGGUUUUAGUCAUUUUUGGGUGUCUGAAGUUAAUUUUCCUGUUAGCGUUCUUGCAAGAGACAUUAAAGGACAUUGUAAGGCAUUCGAUGCAGACAACCUAACGUGUGGUAAUGGUUGCCGUGUUAAGUCCCAUAUGACCUAUCCACUUUGUUCUAAACAUGACAAACCAAAAUACAAGGCAGCUAUCAGAGCAAAAGAAUAUCUAAAGCCACUGGUUGAUAGCCCAUUGAAAGUGGGAUGUUUUAUGUACUACGAAGAAUUGGCAAAUGUUAAGGAUUGUCCCGAUGAAAUCUUUAAAAUUGGAGUAGACUUUGGAAAUGAAAAUUGCAAUUUCGAAAGUAGGAUUUCCAAGCAUGAAGAAGGCCCUUGUGCUGCGACUUUUUGCGAAGCAUAUAUGACAUCUGCGCACCAGGAUUGUCGACUUGUAGAUGGAUUUAUUAAAAAGUUGUUACAAAAGUAUCAAGUUAAAUUCCAGUGUAAUUGUAACUCCAAUCAUGUCGAGUACUACAAAGAUGAAGCGCUUUCUAUCUUUGAGCAAGCUGAAAGAUGGGAUCUUUUCUGCUUAUUUCGGUUAUGUGGUUUGUAA